GGCUAUGAAGGUUAGGAUCUAAGAUAGGCCUUAAAGGUUGGGGCCGUGAAGUAGAGGGAGCCUGGAUUGUUGCUUCCAUUUCAUCAAUUUUGUUUUGCAAUAAAUAGAAAUGUCAAAAGAUGUGCGUUAGAGACAAAUAUUAAAAUAUAUGCUAACUUACCAGGUAGAGAAAGACACACAGUCAUUGCUUUAAAAGGAAAGAAACAACUUGAAGACCCUCUGAGUAGUCUGGAGGAAAGGAGGUAAUUUGCACCUUAAAGCAUGCGAACCUUAGGUUACAGCUUUGAAAUUUUAGAUCUGAAGAGUGCUUAGUGACAGCCAAAUUUGUGCACCACUUUUGCAAUCAAAUUAUCCUAAAUUUAUGGAGGGUUGGCAGUAAGUUAGAUCAAUGUCUGGUGGGAAAGAAGAAAAACUGCUAUUGGACCAAUCAUGAACCGUGAUAUGGAACUAACAGAGCCGAUCGCUGGGGAGGAGAUUGGAGGUUGAAAGUGAAGUGCCCGAAGUUCGGUGGCUCCUGCCCAACUCAGGCUGGUAUUAAUUUCCAAGAAGUUUCAAUCUGGAAGGGACGCAGCCGUCGAACAUUCACCAAUGAGAUCCUGAUACCGAUGGUCUCUUCGUUCCCACAGCCAGAGGAAACGUGGCAUGGGGCUGACAAGAGCUAGGCAGUGUCAAGGUGAGACUUCAGCCCCCAGUAGGAAUCUGUGCAGCUCUGCAGGAAACCAGACGAGAGGCCCAGGUGGUGGGCAGAGGAAAUGCUUGGGUGUCCAUGGCUGCCCUAGAGGAGGAAGACACCAGUGGUGGCCAGACUUUGUUUAGGGGCCUUCAUUCUCACUCUGCAAGUAGGUCUCAGUGCGGAAAUGGGACGGUCCCCAGAGAGAUGUGCAGGACAUCGGGGUGCAGUCUCACUGUUAGAAACCAGGAAGAUCAGAGGCCCACAAUAGCUUCCCAUGAACUCAGAGCAGACCUUCCAACCUGGGAAGAAAGCCCUGCUCCUACUCUGGAAGAAGUCAACGCCUGGGCUCAGUCAUUUGACAAAUUAAUGGUCACUCCAGCAGGAAGGAAUGCAUUCCGUGAGUUCCUCCGAACAGAAUUCAGUGAAGAAAACAUGCUCUUCUGGAUGGCCUGUGAGGAACUGAAAAAGGAAGCUAAUAAAAACAUUAUUGAAGAGAAAGCAAGGAUAAUCUAUGAAGACUACAUUUCUAUACUUUCCCCUAAGGAGGUGAGCUUAGACUCCCGGGUGAGAGAAGUCAUCAACAGAAACAUGGUGGAGCCGUCCCAACACAUAUUCGACGAUGCUCAACUUCAGAUUUACACCCUGAUGCACAGAGACUCAUAUCCUCGAUUCAUGAACUCUACCGUCUAUAAGGACUUGCUUCAGUCCUUAUCGGAAAAACCCAUUGAAGCAUAGGAUUUUUCAAAUAUAUUUAUUAUUAAUAAAAUAAUAAAAGAACUCAUGGGCUACAUCUAGCACAGGGAAUUUAGAGGCUGUAGCAUCUUCUGCUGGAGUAAUACUCAGGCUAUUUUAAUAACAGAUGAUUCCUUCAACAGACUGCUAUACAUUCACAAUGUAAAUUGCAGCCACCUUUAGUGAUACUUUUGGGGAAAAAAAAGGGACAUGGCUGUUGUAGAAAGCGUAUUUGCAUUUACAGUUACUGUAGCAUGUUGUCAGUGGUGAGGGCUACACAGAAGGCUCCCUGCUGCCCAGGGCAGGUGCACCCAGCAGAGCAAAGGGAACCACUUUUGUUUUGCAUGACUUUGGUAACUGAUUACUGUUCCUCCAAAGAGAAGACAUUCAGGUGUUUCUCAACCACCUCUUCCGCCCAUUAAGCUCGGUUUGAAUACUUCACUUACCAGUGCCGUUACAGGACCCAAAUUCACAGUUCAUAAAGAUGUGACCACUACAUGUGAAAAUGGCAUUCCGCUUGAUCUUAGUAUGUGUGUAUGGAGACACAUGUGUGCGUGUGUGGAUCUCUACGUGGUUAAUGUAAAGCACUGCUCUGAGGUGGAUCAGUCUCAAGUGUCUGGUAACAGAAGCAGUGCUUAGAAAAUUCUUUUGUAGAAAAGAAUUACUGUUAUUUUAUUAUCAGAAUUUGCCAACCUAAAGAACGAAUUUUUAAAUUCACAACUGGUUAUCUUCACCACAAAACUGUCAAAUAAGCAUAUUUCCAUUUUUAUUAUUGAAAGAAAUAUGGGCAUUUUCAUUCUUUAAAGAAAUAAAGCACAAUAACUUAAUCUCAA